AAGCAGACACUCGACCAACAUGAAUGAUUGAACGUUAGCCGGCGGAUAAACCCCAAAAUACAAUAAAAUCAGUCCAGAUCGGGAUUAUCAGAUAACAUUUUGGUGGAGGACGCGGUAUAACAUCGUGUUGGGUCGCGAGCACAACGCUGCAACUUGACACUACUCAUAGGAACACUGUCCUCAUUUGCGGCAGGCCCUCUCGGCUAUCACUGUAGUGACCCACGCCACGUCGUUGACAAAUUCAAGUUGGCUAUUUCAACCAGGAACUGAACAACAGAUUAUGGGCCAACUUUAACUGUGUGCUGGGAAAAACAACCUUGUCAUGCAAAUACAAUGGAACUCUGAGGAACUUCAGAUCAAGAGCCAACAGUGCUAGAAUUGGGAAGCUAGAAGCAAUGUGAAUGCCAUAAAGAUGGCCAUCCGUCCGAGUCCAAUCAAUGGGGGCCCCUGCCCAAAAUACCGGGCGUCACCUCUGAGGAAGCCAAAGGAACAUCCCGACAUUAAAGUGACCAGCCAUAAACAGACUGUUCAACACUCAGUUCGUGCCCAGAAACUGGACGAGCGGCAGCUCAGUAAGUUGUUCAAGAGUCUGGAUGACCUCAAGAUCAAAAGAUCGUUGCAGAUCGAUAAGGAGAUAUCUGAACAAGAGCAGAUUUUGGAAAACCUGAAUAAUGCCUGGGAGCAGCGGCGCGCUACGCGGGGCAACAGCUCAAGGAGUACUUUCGCAGACAGUGACUUGUCUUCGUUAUUGCCAGAUCAAUUUAAGAGAGGACGUCGUCCUUCUUUACAGAGAAGCUCCAGUAAUUUUGACCUGUAUGCGUUCAUGAUGCGGAGGGCAAGUGACCAGGCAGUUGCCCCUUACAAUGUCAGCACAAUUAGAGGAGAUAAAAACAGCCCCAAGAAAUCUAGAUCUUCCAAGCAAUUAAAAAAAUUUCCACUCCAAAAGUCAACCUCGAUAACACUCAACAAGGAUCGGUGUGAUUCUGGUUUAGCGAAAGCUGCAGAUGUCGAUGUCCUACCUGGGAAAUCUGAUCGGAUCAGGAUAAUGUCUACCUCACCGGUAUCAGCUACAAGUCUAUCCAGAAGUAUGAGCAUUGAAAGUCCACCACCAUCAACGACCUUUCACGAGUUAAACGUUAAAGACGGGACAGCACCACCUACGCCUCAACGUUUCCCUUCUGGAUCUGACUGGCCGAGUCAAGUUGUCAGUGACGUCAACAAAGACGCAUCAAAAUGCGCGCAGCAAAAGCAACAGAGAACUGCGCAUGGAACUAGAGGGCCCAUUCCAAACAGAAAAGGCAGAGAAGGAUGUGAGGGAAAGAGAGAUUUACGAGUUGAUGCUCAUAACGAGGCAAGGACGCAUGGAUCACUUUUUGGAAAACUAAAGAAGGAGGUAUCAUUUCAUUUUGACAAAGAGGAGUCUCAAAGAGAUGCUUUAGGUAGUACAGGUGUUGCCCUAGGCGCUGGAAUUAUGGAGAAAAAUAACAUCCUUGAACCAUCCCCAGUGUCGUCACAAUCUGCCAUCAGUCAACAAGAAUGCAAGGAACCAGACUGCAUUUUUCACAACAAGGCAUAUCGCAAGACUCAUUACUCUGACGGCGAUGAGUAUACCAUUGAUGACUACUACCGCACUGUUGGCGUUAAGUCUGCCGUGUCCCCUCUCUUUGUGUCGGCUAGUAGUCCCCGCUCUUGGAGUCGACGUGGAAUGGUCCGUCCUCCAUCUCCGAACCUGUCCGAUUUUCUCCAUGAUUUCGACCAAGGGAAAACCGCCAAAGACUCAUCCAAAUGCAACUCAGCAGAGUCCGGUAGCAAGUUUCUGUCUGUCCGCCGACCUCUUAAGGGCUCGAACCGCGAGAGAAUGUUGAAGGACAAAGAAGAAAACGUUCGAACUACUUUCAACCUGAUGCGGCAGAAGAUGGCAGACCUGAAACCAUGCGAGUUUAAUCAGAACUACGGCACACCAACCCCAAAUUGGAAAAUACUCAAUCCUUUAAAAAUGCGACACAAAAUAAACCAGAGCAAUCCCUUACAUGUCAGAUGGGGGCUCUAGCACUCAAUGCGAGUUAGGAAACGGAUUGGAAUAUUAAUUCUCUGUUGUUUUCUGAAAUAUUUUGGGCAAAAUGCCUCCUUCGACCGGAAGCUAUGUGUGCGAAAUUCUGACGCACAGUGAGGAGAUCUGGGUCCGACAUGGAGAAUCUGACCAUACCGAAUUGGCACAUUGUAUGAGACUUCCCAGAAAUAAAUGUAGCCGCAACUUUGUGAUACUCAUCCAAGAUACACGCUUUUGAUGAACUUGAAAAGACAGGCCACCAAUCUGAUUUUGCUAAUUUCAAAUUAAAUUAACACAGGAUUUCUAAACUUUCUUGGCACGCUCAGUUUGAUUUGGCGGACUUCAUUCCUUCUUGGCAAAGUCGGCGUAGUUACCCUCGUGUUUUUCCACUGCAAUUUCGUGUUUUGUUUUCUUCAGUACACUCGCGCCUCAUUUCCAAGAAAAGACAUUGUAGAGCAGUCUACUUUCUAUCACAAGACAACAAAUUUAUGUUUUCAGUGAGAUUAGACAAUCGCUUAUGGGUUGAAAGCGGUAUAUGUUGAAGCCACGUAGCGCCAUUCCAGUUGUCGUGCACGUAGCUCGUAGAAAACUGCAUUUCGUUAGGAUAUGGCUCCAUUCUCACAGAAUUGAGUAAAACAGUGCACAUACUUCGACCUUUUGUCAAAUCUUCAACGGAAUGAUUCUAAUUAUUAAUAAUUCAAAUUAUUACCAAAAUACUAGUAAUAUGUUCAAAUUAUUGUCAUUAUCAUCCGUUUCAAUUUGAAAAAUAAAUGACAGACAAACAAUACAA